CUGCCAAUUGAAACAAGCUGGCGCUUAAAUGGUUCUCGUCACGGAUUUGCAUAUGAAGAAAGCAAAGAAAACGGUGGUUCAUCACAUGAAAGCGAUGAAAGAUCGACCUCUGCUACUGGUUAUUCGGAUCACAAUUGGUAAAAUCAGCUGAAUAUUCUACCGAAAAAAUGCACAUCGAGUGCAGUAAUCUUCUGGAACACGAUAGCCCCACAGUUAAUACGGUCCAAUGCUCUGCAUGCGUUUCUGCGCAAGCGGGAAGAGUCUCCACUCCUGAGGUUCCGAAGAAAGAUGCGAACUCUAAGUUGGAUGAUAAACACGCCCUGACGAAACUUGCAUCUCGAGAGAAGUUGUCCAAGAGUUCCCAAUCUUUGAACGACUUGCUUACACAAGAUAAGUUCAAAAUGGAAGUAAUGCGACUUUUGGAGCAGGACAGGAAAUCUCUUCCUCGGGACGAUUCCACGGUGUACGAAAACACAUCGGAGAAGUGUGAUGAGACUCGGCAAGACCGGAGUAGUGAUACAGUGUCCAAAGAUGCGGAAGUACGCAGGGCAGCUAUGGAAUCCAAGGAUAAAAGUGACAACUCAGCAGACCGUUACGGAGGAGAUGAAUCCCGUUACGUACUCAACGCUACAUCGGCGUACUUUCCUACGGACUCGUCAUCCCGUCGAUUUGCAAGCCCACAGCCGUUCUUCCAACCGCGUCCCGAUGCUCUGGGUUACGGCUAUUACAGGAGUGAUGCGUACGCCUAUCCUCCUCCUGAAUACUACGGCAUGCCACAUCUUAGAGCGGGACCUCGAGGAUUUCACUAUAUGGCCAGACCGCGAAUGCCACACUAUCCCCCAUCGUAUCGACCUAAUCAAAAUCCGGUGCGGGCGCCUACAAACUUCGUCCCUCCUUACCAGCAGUCUCAAAAAAAGAGUCCUCGUAAUCCAGCGUGGAUUCCGGACUUCCUUCCCGAGCUAAAGUAACGCUGGUUUGCCCGGUCAUUUGAAGUAGAACGGCCACCACUGUGGUUUGCACAACCGAUUUCACCUACGAAAUUUUAACCACUUCCUUCUCACAAGUGACAUGGGUCGAUUUCCUUCCCAGUGAUUAUUUCGGAUUGACAUUUCGAUUCUAGAGCAGACCUUUAUUUUUUGUACCUGUGCUUCACAAUCAUGGCUUACAAUUUGGUACUCAUGGAUUUCGUAAAAAUCCUUUUUCCUCUAAUACUUACAACUAUCUUUACGCUGACAUUCAUUAAAUUAUCAUCAAGAUUACUGAAUUGACGCAUUCAAAUUCAAUGUUUGCCAUCUCUAAACAUUCCAUUGUCAUUUUGGCUGGCAAUACAGUGGUGCAGAGAUAUGGCCC